CAAAGUGAAAGUGAUGUGGUGCCUCCUCCAGUCUGUGUGUGUCUGCUGUCUGAUUCACAGUUGAAGCCUCUGGGAUGUUAGUAAGAUGGCCUCAGCCUUAGUGGUCUUGGUCUUGGCCUCAGCCAUUGUUUUCUCUGCCUGCAUCUCACCCUCACAAGGAUUUGAUAUGGACAAAUGGAAUUUGGAGGAAAAGGUCCCUGGGGAGCCCUUCAGCCUUCACUGCUCUACCCAAGAGCAACAGAGCAAACUCACAUUGUACAAACUCAGCAAGGCGAACAACAUCAACAUAAUGCAUGUUUUCAGGGGGGAAAGUGACAAAGAAGGAAUGCCAACCUAUCACCAACGAUACAUGAACAGAGUAAACUUCACAGGACCCUUGAAGGAUCUGUCCAUAAUCAUCACAAAUCUGACAGAGGAGGACUCUGGAGUUUACUACUGUAAAUAUACUACAUUGGUAAAAGGGGAUCCCAUCAAAAUCAUGGCCAAUAAAGUUUUUGUACUUUUCGUGAAUGGGUCUGUGUGUCUAGAGCCAUUCGCAUUCAACGCAAACACUGGCCCCAUCCCCAACACCAAAUUCAUUCUGAUUUUGUUCUCCACCAUCACUGCUGUGGGGGUCCUCCUGAUGUUUUUAAUGAUGCUAGUGUUUUAUGUUAUACCUAAGAUCAAGACGUUGCAGGCUCCGCAAGCGGCACAGAACAGAGGGAAUGACGUGUACGAGGUCAUGAGCGCCACGCUGAAGAGAACGUGAUGGAGUGGGCCGUGCUACCCCAGGGACAGGCCACACAACAGUCGUGUCUGCUUUUAAGGCUCCAAGGGGAUGACGGAUCAAAACGAAAAACAAUGGUUCCAUGUGAUCCUUGUGGGGCUACAUGCCCACCAAGUUUUGUGCACUCCGGUCUUUCAGUGUUCUGGGGAUCAAUUGCUUUGAAUUGCCUGAAGCUUCCUGUCACUCCAAUUCAAAUUCAACUUCCUGUGGGGCGGAGCCAAUUAAAUUCAAAUUCCAAUUCAUGAAUUGAAUGGAGACCCAUUCUAAAAUUUGGAAUUUUGCACAAGCCUGACACACACACACACACACCAUUCCCCCACAC